CGGCCGACCCGAUGCACACGGGGAUGGUGGACCUGGGGAACCAAACCACCGUCGCCGCGGGGUUUGUGAGCGUGCCCGUGACGUCCCACGAGGUUGCCGUCUCGUCGGCGGCCAUGAUUUCUCUCCUCAUCUUCUCGAUGGUCUUCAACCUGCUCCUCGGGGGCACGCUGGCGCUGACGCCGAGCCUGCGCACGCCGCCCAACGCGCUGCUGAUGAACAUUUGCGUCACCAGCAUCGUGCUCUGCCGUCCUCCCAUGGCCAUGCAGCUGCCCAGCGUGCUCGACCCGCAGCGCCCCCUGACGGGCCCAGUCUGCGAUGCAGUCCUGUUCCUGGACUCCCUCUGCGGCAUCGAGUACUGGUUCAGCUUCAUCUCCAUCGCCGUCUACCGCAUCAAGACCCUGCACGACACGCAGUUCAGCGUGCGCUACAAGAAGACCCUAGCGGCCGUCUGCAUCAGUGCAGGCUGGCUGAUCGCCCUGCUCUUCAGCACCAUCAUAACCGCUCGGGACGCCAAAGACGCCGACCGGCUACUGGCGUGCCCGUUCAGCAGGGUCCUGCGCAUCCGGCCAGGCCCCACGCAGAAAAACUCCACCCUCUUUACGGUCUGCGUCCUCCUCGUCACGCUCUGCCUCUCGGGCUUCUUGGUCAUCGUCUACGCCUACAUCAACGUCUUCAAGAAGGCAAAGCCCCUCAAGUACAGCAGAACCAAGAUCAACCAGGUGAACCCACUAGAGCCUGCUAACGGCACGACCCGGCAGGCGUCCGUGAAGCACUCCCCGGCGGCGAGCGUGCACGAGAUGGUGGUGCUGGAGAACCGCCUGCCGCAUAACGACCUGCCGUUCUACCGGACCCAGCACGUCAUCGCCUGGGCGGGCUCGGACCCGGCAGAACGGGCAGCGGCAGCCGCCGACAACAACGUCAACUUCUCCGCCAUCGUCUGCAAGGACCGGCGAUCCACUCAGGGGUCGCUCCCGUCCGUGUCUGACGACAUGGAGACUAGCGACAUCUCAGGCACCAUGACGUCAUACAAGUAUCGGAUGACGCGUCCCGUCAAGCAGCAGGUGCUGCAGCAGGUCGAGAACAAGUUGGCGAACCCCGGCGCGAACCACCGCGACGCCGCCCUGACCCUGGCGCGGACCUACUCCCGCAGGAAGAAGGACCGACUGGGCCGGACACCGACUGACCAGAUGGCCGCCAGAAACAGUAUCGCCAUGGUCGUGAUCUACAUCAUCUUCACGGUGCCGAUCAUCGUGCUGACGUUCCAGGACCUGAUGGGGGUGGAGGAGCGCCUCGACAACGUCCUGUCCCAGCGGACCUGCAAGCUCAUCUUCUACGUCAACGGCACGGCCUACCCCGUCUGGUACCUCCUCUUCAGCCCCACCGUGCGCAACUGCAUCAAGUCGGUCAUCGAGUCGGCAGCCGUGUACCUGACCGCAAGGAAACAGUAGACUUGAACUUAAGCAGCUGGACAACGCCCUGUUCCAGCAGACCGACAAGUUCAUC